AUGAAAGUUUUAUAUCCCAGUCAUAUAAGCAAGCGUAAUAAUAAUAAGAACGUAACCCUGACAAAUAAUCUUACGUUUGAAUUUUUAAAUCUAAACUGCGACACAAUUAUCAAGUUACCUCCAUUUAAUGUUAAAUGGACUUCCCUCAAUAGUACCUGGUAUAGCGCUCUCUAUGUCCCAAGUGAUGCUAGGGAAUCUCAUGGCAUGUCUCUACUUGCAUUUGGAGCCCAAUUCCCACUAAUUGUGACUCCCGUUUUUUAUAUUGUUAAAGCUUGUACUCAUUUUGAUGCAAGAUUACUGGAAAAAGAUGAACAGAAGGAGCUGUCAGUAAAGCGUACACAUAUCUCUGGUAGUCUUGACCUUCUAAAUGAUGCUGGAGAGUAUAAUACGCAAAGAUUAUGCGAUCAAGGAAAGGAUCUUAGAAAGAGAAAGAAGGUUUGUUAUACUGAAGAAACGGAGAUGGAUUCAGAUUACUCAGAUUACUUUGAUUAUGAAUGGAAGCCAAAUAGAAAAUCAUCUCAUAUUAAAAAGACCAUUAACCAAACUAAACCUGACCUUGAGAAGUUCGAAGAAUUUCUACAUAAAGAAUCAUAUCUUCAUUACAAUAUAAUCAAUGAUGCUGAUGUUGACACUAAAUCAUUAUUUUCACGUGAAGAAUGGGAAGAAAUCAAAAAUUUUGAAGUGAUUGAUAGACCAAAGCUUGAUCCUUAUCAUAGAGAGUUAUUAAAAAAAUAUACUGUCGAUAAUAUGAAAAAAUUAAUAUCACUUCUUUUCGAAUCAUUUACAUCUGACGGCAAAGAAUAUGAUCGGAACGUUCAUUUCGAUUUAGAUUAUAUCAACAGUGCUUAUCGUAGAAUUUUAUAUAUAUGGGAAAUGGAUGAAGACCCUUUAAUGUUUCAAAGCUAG